GUACUUCACCAGCACUAGCACCAAGCACUCUCGUCACCACUCCACACUCACUUUCAUUACCAAACGUCACCAGCUUCACCACCACCAUCACCACCACUACCACUACCAACUCACCUUCCACAAUGGCAGACUGUUGCACUACUUCCUCGGACAUGUCCGCAAAGGUCACCGAGGUACCCGCUUCCAAGAACACCGUCGGGCCCGGCUACUCUGUCCAGGGCUCCGAAGAGCUUCGCUACACCUACAGCUUCGUGGACAAUGUCUUUGACCAGCAAAAGGAAGAUCUCGCAUCCUUCUACACAAAGUGGGGACGCGUACUUGUAGUCGUGGAUGACCAGGUGCACAGCAUCUACGGCAAGGCAAUUGAGACCUACUUUGCUGCUCACAAGAUCCCCGUCACUUUCCACAUCUUCAAGGGCGGUGAGCUCAACAAGAACAUGGACACAUUCGAGGGUAUGGUCGAUGCCUUUGACCAGUUUGGUCUGAUCAGGAAGGAGCCCGUCCUGGUAGUAGGUGGAGGUCUCGCCUCGGACGUUUGCGGUUACGCUUGCGCCUCGUACCGAAGGUCCACCAACUGGAUCCGAGUCGGAACCACUCUCAUUGCUCUCAUCGAUGCUGCCAUCUCUAUCAAGGUCGGAAUCAACCACGGCAAGCUCAAGAACCGUCUGGGAGCCUACCAUGCACCCAUGCACACUUUCCUCGACUUUGACUUCCUGCGAACCCUGCCAGAGGGUCAGAUCCGAAACGGUUUCGCAGAGAUUGUCAAGAUUUCACACGUAGCUGAGAAGCCCACUUGGGACCUGUUGGUCAAGUACGGCCCCGACCUUGUCACUUCUGGCUUCGGACGAAAGGAGACGGACAAGGCUUACGCCAAGGAGCUCAAGGAGGCAGCCGAUGUCAUUUGCAGAAGAGCCAUCAAGUGCAUGCUUGACCUCGAGUCGCCCAACUUGCACGAGAUUGGUCUGGACCGAGUCAUUGCCUCUGGUCACGCCAUCUCACCUACUUUGGAGCUGGCCCCCUUCCCACCUCUCAGGCACGGACAUGCCAUCAUGAUCGACAUGGCCUUCUGCGUGACCAUUGCCCACGACCGUGGCUACAUCAGCGCCGAGGAGCGAGACGAGUUCUUUGAUACUGUCACCCGCGUCGGACUCACCGUUGACCACGAGCUCUUCGACUACGAUAUGCUGAUGCGCGGAAUGGACGCCAUCAAGAAGACCCGUGAUGGACUGCAGCGUCUGGUCCUGCCCAAGCCUCUGGGCAAGUGCGUCUUUGCCAACGAUGUGUCCAACGAGGAGUUCACGAAGGUGCUCAAGAUCCACAAGGACUACGUCAACCAGCGUUACCCUCAGACCAACGGUGGAGCCGGAAUUGACGGAUACGCCGAUGCUGGAGACUUGGGAGCUGACCCAGAGGCGAUGCUGGCGCAGAAGAAGGCCGAGGCACUCGCUCAGACUGGUAUCGGCAGGAACAGGAAGGAGGUCAAUGGCCACGCCAACGGUGUCAAUGGACACGCUAAUGGCCAUGCCAACGGACACGCCAAUGGCGCACCUAAUGGCCACUCCAACGGCGUGCAGCACACCAAGGGCAACGGAGCUCCUGCCGUCAAGGCAUAAGGCUGUACUCUACAGCAGUCAGUUCACGUCCCAGUCUCGUUUCGUUAGUCUACGCAAUCGGUAAUAGGGAGGCGAAAGCAAAAAUACUGAGCAAAUUUCGAUGGAGC